CAAGUUAUAAAAGAAUGAAAUUAUACAAGCUGGGACUUUAAUAGCGGUAGGGACAUGUCAAUUCGUUUUUUUUUCUUAUUGGCAACACUGACAUCAUAACCACUUCCUCUUUCUUGAAGAUCUGUCAAAGGUAAACAAUGGCAGCCCAUAAGACGUUCAGAAUUAAGCGAAAGCUUGCGAAGAAAUUGAAACAAAAUCGUUCAAUUCCUCAGUGGAUCCGGAUGAGAACUGGAAACACAAUCAGGUACAACGCCAAGAGACGUCAUUGGAGAAGAACAAAGUUGAAGUUGUAAGCCAUUCAACCAGCUAUCCACAGGUAUCUGUGCAGGAGCCGUUACCUUACAAUAUCUCAACUGUUCCAUUAUGAUUUGUAUGAGAAACAUUUGAUUCAAAUAACAUCUGUUGAAUUAAAUU